AGGACCUUCUGCCACUCUUUUUUCUCUCUUUUACGUCGCUCUUCUCAGUGAAGUCGAAAGAGAAACAAAAUGAGCCAUUUAGAAGAUCAAGCAAUAACCGGAAAGAGUGAUUCAAAGACCGGUGAUUCGCCAUUAACAAUGAUGGAAAAUCGAUUGAACGAGGAGAUAUCGAGACGCGAGAACGCCGAAAACGACGCUGCUGUGUUGCGUGAAAAGGUCAACGAACUGAGUAUCAAGUUGGCUGCUUUUUCUUCGUCACAAGAAAAAGAGGAGGUCGCAACGGCAAAAGCCGAUGGAGCUGUCUUAGCUACAUGGAACAGCCAAGGUUCGAGUCAAGUGGCAAUCCUGCAGGCUGAAAAUCAAAAAUUACGCCAUUACGUCAGACGUCAAAACGCAUUAAUAGACGUUCUAAGUCGACAAAAGGUUCUUCUUGAAGCCUCCACCGCACUCACCAUCUCAUCGAAAGACUUUGUCAAAGAUUUGGAGUUGGAAAAGGUAUAA